CAGCCCUGAGCACAUGAUCUGCACCAGCACACAGAAUAAAACGCACCCCGAGGACCUGAGGGGGGAACCUGGAGGCCUGGCCAGUCCUCAGGGGUCCAACACGUGGUCGGAGGACCUGUGAGAGGACGCAGAAAGGCCUCUUCCUGUUUCCAACUAACAUUAAACGUCCAAACCACAAUCACAGAAGCUGCAAUAGAUUCAGACUUCCUCCAGACGCGCAGCGAGCUCAACAUCCAACCUGCAACAGAAGAUUUAAACAUUGUGUUUCUCAGAUGCUUCCUGCCUCCAACUCCAGCGCUGGAGGAGCCGAGGAGGAGAGGCAGUGCAUCGUCAACGACCAGAUGGGACCCUUCCCCGUCCUCUACACCAUCAUUUUCAUCAUCAGUCUGCCUGGAAACCUGCUGUCUGUGUGGACCUUCAUCCGCAGCCCCAGAGCCAAGCAGCAGAGCUCCAGCGUGUUCCUGCUCAACCUGCUGGUGGCCGACAUGCUGCUGCUGCUCGCGCUGCCCUUUAAGAUCCUGAAGGACAUCGGGGCGGCGCCGUGGAGCCUCAUGGUGUUUCACUGCCAGGUCAGCGCCGUCACUAUCUACAUCAGCCUCUACGCAUCCAUCGCCUUCCUCGCCUUCAUCAUCACUGACCGCUACCUGCAGGACUGCCACAACUUGAGCUUUCUGCGGCUGCAGGAGGUCGGCUUCGCCCGGCUGCUGUCGCUGGUCAUCUGGCUGCUGCUGCUGCUCAUCAUGGUGCCCAACAUGGCUCUGCCCAUACAGCACAUACAGGAGCAGCGAUACCUCAGCUGUUCGUCUCUGAAGAAGGACCUCAGCCUCCACUGGCACGCCCUGACCGUCAUCCUCUGCACCGCCUUGUUCCUCAACGCCUCCGCCGUCGUGCUGCUCUCCAGCGGCCUGACUCUCAGAAGACUCCUGAACAGCCGCAAACACCCCGAACUCUGGGGGGACGUCCGGCGGGCAGCGGCGAGCGUGACGGCCAUGGCGUUGGCCUACAUCCUCAGCUUCGUGCCCUAUCACAUGGUGCGGACACCGUACACGCUGUCGCAGACCAAAGUGAUCACAGACUGCCACACCAAGAGGCAGCUGUUCCUGGGGAAGGAGGCCACGCUGCUGCUGAGCGUGCUGCACCUCUGCUUCGACCCCCUGCUCUUCUUCUACCUCUACUCACCUUUCAGACAGACGCUCCGCAACAUGUUCCCCUGCAGCAGGAAGCAGAGCGUCAGUGAGGCAGAGCAAGAGGAAAUGAUGGAACCUGCAGCUCCUGCACAGAUGCCAUCUAACUCCACAUACUGUUUGUAAACAAGGAUUCACAUGCAGAGACCCCCGGAAAAAAAGAAUACUGCAGAAAUUGAAAUAAGUUUUUUUUUUUUUACUGUUAAUUCACUUUUUAUUAAUUAUAGAACUGCGUGUAUGAUCCUCAGAGUCUGAUGGCUUGUUUAUUUCUGAGAAUAUUUAGUUUUAGUUACAGGUUUGUCAGUACAUGGACAAACAUAACAUCUAAAAAUAAAGUUAUUAAUGUUU